GCUUCGUGGUUUUAACUAGUUUGAAUGUUUUGUCUUACGCUAAGAUGUUAAACUGGAUUUUGUCUGACAAUUUUCUACGUUUGAUAACAGCGGACUAAUAUUUUACAAAAAAGUAAACAAACCUGCACCGGAAGUGUUUUGAGCUCGUGCCACGUCAGAGCUACACAAGCGUUAUCAUCAGUGGUACAGUGAAGAGGAGUCUUCUGCUUUCUGCACUUUCUCUUUGCCUUCACCAUGCUGUACCUGGGACUGAGCUCUUUGCUGCUUUAUGUGUCUGUGGUGUUUGGGACUGAGCUCACAUUUGAGCUCCCUGACAACGAUAAGCAAUGUUUCUACGAGGACCUAGAGAAAGAUGUGAAGUUCGACAUAGACUUCCAAGUCAUUGCAGGAGGCAACUAUGAUGUGGACUGCUUUGUCACCGAUCCUCAGAACAAUGUCUUGUACAAUGAGAAGAAGAAGCAGUAUGACAGCUUCUCUCACACCACAACUAUGAAGGGAGUCUACCAGGUGUGCUUUAGCAAUGAAUUCUCCUCAUUUACCCAUAAAACAGUCUAUCUGGAGUUCCGCCAUGGAGAUGAGGACCCUCUCAUGCCAAGCAUGACAAGAAGCACAGCACUGACUCAGGUAAGCCCGAGGAACCUAGUUGAUAAUUUAAACAUGGCAGGUUACCUAAAGGCUCUGGCGACCGUGUCGAGAAGUGCAGCUGCAGCGCUGUCGCAAAACCCCGCAGUGCUCUCACCGGCCGCCGUCUGCCACCACAGACUGCAGCAGAGGAACUAUGCAACAAAGCGUAUCAAGGUGGACCAGCCAGUGGUGGAGAUGGACGGAGAUGAGAUGACUCGCAUCAUAUGGGAGUUCAUCAAAGAGAAGCUCAUCCUGUCCAACGUGGAUGUUGAGCUGAAGUACUUUGACCUGGGUCUGCCCUACCGAGACCAGACUGAUGACCAGGUCACCAUUGACUCUGCUCUGGCAACUCAGAAAUACAAUGUGGCUGUGAAGUGUGCCACCAUCACCCCUGAUGAGGCCAGGGUUGAGGAGUUUAAGCUAAAGAAGAUGUGGAAGAGUCCUAAUGGAACCAUCAGGAACAUCUUGGGUGGCACAGUUUUCCGUGAGCCAAUCCUUUGUAAAAACAUUCCCCGUCUUGUUCCCGGAUGGACACAACCCAUAACAAUCGGCAGACAUGCUUUUGGCGAUCAGUACAGAGCCACAGACUUUGUUGUUGACCAGCCUGGCAAGUUCAGGAUGGUGUUUUCCCCAGCUGAUGGAAGCAAGCAGAAGGAGUGGGAGGUGUAUGACUUCCCUGCUGGGGGCUGUGGGAUGGGAAUGUACAACACUGAUGAGUCCAUCAGUGGAUUUGCCCACAGCUGCUUCCAGUAUGCCAUCCAGAAGAAGUGGCCUCUAUACAUGAGUACCAAAAACACCAUCCUCAAGGCGUACGACGGGCGCUUCAAAGACAUCUUCCAGGACAUCUUUGAGAAGAAGUACAAGCCAGAGUUUGACAAGCUGAAGAUCUGGUAUGAGCACCGUCUCAUUGACGACAUGGUGGCCCAGGUUCUGAAGUCCUCUGGAGGAUUUGUUUGGGCCUGCAAGAAUUACGAUGGAGAUGUGCAGUCAGACAUCCUGGCUCAAGGCUUUGGUUCUCUGGGUCUCAUGACAUCAGUGCUGGUGUGUCCUGAUGGCAAGACUAUUGAGGCUGAGGCUGCACACGGCACCGUCACCAGGCACUACCGUGAACACCAGAGGGGAAAACCAACCAGUACCAACCCCAUUGCCAGUAUCUUCGCUUGGACCAGAGGACUGGAGCACAGAGGCAAACUGGAUGGAAAUCCUGAUUUGAUAAAGUUCUCCCAGACGUUAGAAAAAAUCUGUGUGGAAACUGUUGAAAAUGGUGUAAUGACCAAGGACCUUGCAGGCUGCAUCCAUGGCUUGGCCAACUGCAAGCUGAAUGAACAUUAUGUCAACACCUCAGACUUCCUUGAUGCUAUCAAGACCAACCUGGACAAAGCUCUGGGCAAAUAAAGAACAAUCAGAAGACGCACUUGCCAAUGAAUAGAGAAGAACUGUGCCUGUGGAUUUUUAGCCCAUUUGUACCUGUCGUUUGUAUGAACCUUUGUAUCCAAUUUUGAAGAAAAAAUUUCGUGCCUUUUUUUGUAUUUGUAUAGUUCACACAGACAUCACUGCUCGUCUGCCUUUCCUAUUGCCAACAGACCAUUUUUGUAUUGCACAAAUUGAAUGAUUGUACUGUAUGAAUUAAUAUUAAUACCAAUGUUAACUUAUAAUGGUCAUUCCAGUCUUUUCACAUUUAAUUAGAAGGCAUCUUCAGUGAACAGUGUGUACAAAUUAGGACAAUAAUGCCAUGUUUUGCACUAACAACAUGAAUACAAAAAGAAAUAGUGAUUGCUCAUCACUCAGUAACAAACAGUUGUCAUUUUGUCUUUAUCUUAUCUGAACAUUGGGGAAGAAAACACUUAUCAGCACAGACGUUACAAAAUAACUUUGGGUGUGGUUAGAUUAAUUUAAAACCUCCUGCACUGUGAUACACACCGAUUUCAUUAGUAAGGCAGAUGGUGGCAUUUCUAUUUAUCAAAAUCUGGCAACAGGAAUGUAUUUACUAAGUGUGUGAGAUGUCAGAAUAGCACUGUGAAAUAUUUGUCUGAUCAGUGUUGAGUGUGGGAGUAGUUACCACUUUGCCUUCUGGAGGAGCUUCAAGAGUGAUUCAAUGAGACAUUGUUUCAGGGCUGGAAAGAGUUAAAUCCACAACUCCUCCAGACUGUAGAGGUUACCUCACAGAGGCUUCAGCCAAAUGGCAAACCCGGAUGAAUUCAGGAAUACUAAUAGUAAAAAGCUGUCCACAUGCAGUUCCAUUUUAAUAUCAUGCAUCUGCUUAAAUGAGCCUCUGUCCAGCAGUGCAUGAAUGCAGCGCUGAAUGCUCAGUUAGUUGGCGUCCUUGGUGCCCUCCUGUGCAUGGCAGGGAGUGGUUUGCACCAGCAGGGGGCCACACCUGAUUGAAGAUUUGGCAGUUGCUGUGGAGGCAACUACAGUGGAUCA